AUGGGGCAAAAAUUUGAUUACUUCAAUGAAACAGUCAAUAAAAUACUUGAAGAAAUGAAGGAAAUACGUAAAGAGAAUGUAAAAGCUAAUGGCGUAAACAAAAAGCUUAAUCAAGGGUUAUAUAAUCUCAAAUAUCGAUUAGACGAUAUGGACCAAAAUAAUCUUAAAUCUACUAUAGAAAUAGUGGGCAUCCCAACUGUAGCUAAUGAGAAAUGCAUAGAUAGUUAUUAA